AUGAAGCGCCUCUUCCACAAGAACAAGCGCAGCGAGACUGCCACGCCCACCGCCACCCCGCCUGGCGACGGCCAGUACGCCCCUGUCGCCAACUCGUCCACCAGCCCCCCACCUCAUCUCGCGGCGGCGCAGUACCAGGGCCAGGGCCAGCAGCACGCUCAGCCGCAGAGCGGUCAGGGCUUCGUGCCUGUGCAGGGCAGCGGUGGCGGCGUCCCCCGUCCGCCCCGGGUCCAGGACGUCGGCAACGCGGUCGGCUGGAGCGUCGCCAUGCCCGCGUUCGACUGGGCGUACCUGCUCGCCCUGAGCGACCACCUGUCGACGAGCUCGAGCGCGAGCAAGGACGCCACCAAGGCGCUCAUCGCCGAGUUCAAGCACGCGACGCCGCAUGCGCAGCAGCGCGCCGUCCACCUCACGAGCCUCCUGUGGACACAGGAUUCGAACGACCGGUUCAAGGAGCAAGUCGCCUCGAAGAAGUUCCUCGCGUCGCUCACCGACCUCGUCGGCGACCAGUCGACGCCGCCGCAGGUCAAGAGCAUGGUCUACCGCGUCCUGUCGCCGCUCGCGUUCGACGCCCAGUCCAAGUCGUCCCUGCGGCCCAUCACCGAGGCGUUCAACCGGCUCCUCGCCGACCCCAAGACGUCCCUGUCGUCGUUCCCGAACGAGCUCGACCCGACCACGGCCGCCUUCCAGCCCAACGGCGCCCCUCUCGCGCCCGACGACCCGCUCCUUCGCCCCGAGGCGCUCCUGUCGCAGCAUGGCAGCAGCCGGCGCUCGCGACCGCGCAUGGAGCGCUUCCCGACCGGCAUCGAGCAGAUGCGCGACCUCGGCCGCCGCGCCGUCGAGGGCAAGUCGUGGGCCGGCAUGCUGUCCGAGGCGGUCGCGCUCGCCAAGGACGAGCCCAACGCGCGCAACAAGGGCCGCGGCAAGAAGUGGGAGGACAUGGACACCGAGGAGAAGGAGGCGGCGCAGGCGAUGGGAGAGGGUCCGGGCGGGAGCGAGGGCGGCGACGGGCACGAGGUCGAGGUGAGGGAGGGACUCGAGGCCAACGAGGUCGUCCAGGAGUUCCACACGCGCUGCCUCGAGGCGCAGGACUUUCUCUCGACCAACCUCGACUGGGCGUCCGUCCAGGCCGAGCAGUCUCGGCAAAAGGCCGAUGCCGAGGCUGCUUCAGCACCCGCUCCGGUCGCGCAGCCUCCUGUCGACGCCGGCGAGGCGCAGCACCUCGCGAGCAACAACCCGUUCGCGGCGGUCGUCGCCGGUCACGAGGUGCCGGGCACCAAGGCCGGCGCAACCGAAGAGGAGGAGAUCCUGAGCGAGAUGCUCGGCGCCAUGACCGAGAUCUCGGACGCCCUGCACCUGUACGCGCUCCGCCUGUCGCACUCGCGCCAGACGCAGCAAGAAGACGCCGAGCUCGCGGCCGCCAUCGACCGCUCGCGCUCGGACGACCACUUCAACCGCUUCACGCACGACGAGCCCGAGGUCGACCACGCUCACGGCGAGGGCGGCAGCCGGGCGCCGGCGCGGGACCCGUUCGGUGACGCAGACGGCUUCGGCGAUGCGCAGCCGGCGCAGCACGACAAGGGCAAGGCGCGCGAGAGCCUCAACCCGUACUCGUCGUACCUCUCCUCGGCGGCGUCGCACCCUUCUCCCGCGCCCGCCGAGUACGAGCAGCCACAGUCGUCGUCGCCGCAGGCUCAGCCGCAGUCGCAGGCGCCGCCGACGAGCGCCGCCUCGCCGUACGACGGGCUCGAAGCGCUCGAGGGCCUCGGCGGGCUCUCGUUCUCGUCGCCGUCGUCGGGUGCCGCCGCCGAGCAGUACGACGACUUCCUGUCGCCGGCGAGGCCCAGCAGCGGCGGCUUCUCGUCGUCGAACCCGUACGCGUCAUACUCGUCGCAGCCGGCGAGCAACGGCGGGUACGCCGUGCCCGACUCGGCGCCGGCCGCGCACCGUGAUGGGCUUCGAGACCGGUCCGACAGCGCAUUCCUGCGCGAGUACGUCCCCGAGCAGCCGUCGCAGAAGGCGCUCGGCAAGAUCAGGCGCGUCAGCCAGGGUGCAGCGGACGACCAGAGCCCCGAGGAGCGGCAGCUUCAGCUCGAGGCCGCGUUGAGGGACAAGUACGAGCGUAACUACCGCGAGGAGCAGGAGCGGCGCGAGCGGGGUCACGAGUGACGCGGCGACGAGGAGGUCUGGAGGAAGCGGAUCGGGCGCAAGCGGACGUUGUUGUAGCGGCUCUCUCGUUCGCGCACUGCCUCUUCUGUAUCACUCGCAUCGGUUUGCGCUGCG